AUGUUGAGUCAAAAUUUGAACAACAUCACAUGUGACUGGUUACCACAAUCAUGUUCUGACCAAUUGGUAAAAAUACAGAGACCUAAUAUAUGGUUAUAUAACUGCAUCAAUGAAUGUGCGAUUCGUAUUGUAUGCAAUAAUCAAAUUACAACUCCAUUGAUUACAAUGACGGGGCUCCUUGCCCUAGGUCAGGAUUGUGUAAUACAAUACAAAGACGCUACGAUAUACUCUCAUAACGUUUUUAGUAGCAAAACCAACAUUGCAAUGUCACUGGAAAUACCUACUAUUGACUCACCUAACGAUAUGUGGAAUACGUUGAAAAAUACGAAGUUUUUUCUACCUAAACUAAACUUAUCUGUUGAACACAGAUUAUUAGACUAUCAGAUAACCGCACAAAAGGACCGGGAGAGCCUACCGAGCAACUUGAGUGUCCACGAUAUUGGCAACUACGCGAUAAGCACUUUACUGGUGGGAGCAAUAGCCGUCGCUAUAGUAGUAUGGCGAGUUAGAAGAUAUCUCUCCGCAUGUAAAAAGAGCAACACUCCCAUAACAAAAGAAACGUCUACGAAGCCUCGACAGAGAACGAGAAAGAGAGAAGAAAAUAUAGAACUUGAAGAGAUGGCUGGCCACGCAGAAAUAGAUGAUGGAUAUGGGAAGAUCAAUCCUCGGCCGCAGCCAGCAAUUGCGACAAAAUUCAAGCUUUGA